AUGGGCCGGCCCCAGCUUCUUCUUCUCGCCCUGCUUUCGGCAGGCAGCUUCGCUGCGACUACCACCACCACCAAGGCAACCUCUGUGGUUCACUUUGAGACACCAACCGGGUUUCCCACCGAUCUUCCAUCAGGAUGCCCUGGAUUUCCCGGUGGGCAUCACACUCCCGGCCACGGUCACCAUACUCCUCCCAGUGGCUUCCCCUCCGGCCACCCAACUGGAACUCCUCCUAGUGGUUUCCCGACUGAUUUCCCCUCCGGCGUACCUACCCCCGGUGCCGGCGGCCACCAUCAUCACUGGCCACCUCACUGUGGCACUCCUCCUGCAGGCUGGCCUAGCGGUACGCCAGGUGCUGGGCAAUCUGGCUUCGAGACCCGCACCCACAAAGUGUGA